GGAUGGGUUCUGCUCUCAUGUUUCAGAAAGGGGCUGGAAAGAGAGGGAAGCCAAACUUUUUCCUAUUUAAGGCCAGAGCAGAGGGAAGCGAGCGGCUGAGUUUUAUGACGGGCCCGGUGCUGAAGGGCAGGGACAACUGAUGGUGCUACUCUGAGCUGCUUCUUCCUCUCUCCUCUUUUGCACAAAGAGUCUCAUGUCUGAUAUUUAGACAUGAUGAGCUUUGUGCAAAGUGGAACCUGGUUUCUUCUCACCCUUCUUCAUCCCACUCUUAUUUUGGCACAGCAGUCCAACGUAGAUGAACUGGGAUGCAGCCACCUUGGUCAAUCCUAUGAGUCUAGAGAUGUCUGGAAGCCAGAACCAUGUCAAAUAUGUGUCUGUGACUCAGGAUCUGUCCUUUGCGAUGACAUAAUCUGUGAUGACGAGCCACUAGACUGCCCCAACCCAGAGAUCCCAUUUGGAGAAUGUUGUGCAAUAUGUCCACAGCCUUCUACACCUGCUCCUGUGCUUCCUGAUGGUCAUGGACCUCAAGGCCCCAAGGGAGAUCCAGGUCCUCCUGGCAUUCCUGGGAGAAAUGGUGACCCUGGAUUUCCAGGACAACCAGGUCUCCCUGGUCCUCCUGGCUCCCCUGGAAUCUGUGAAUCAUGUCCAACUGGUGGCCAGAAUUAUUCUCCCCAAUUCGACUCAUUUGAUGUCAAGUCUGGAGCAGGAGGAAUGGGUGGCUUUCCAGGGCCAGCUGGUCCACCAGGCCCUCCAGGACCCCCUGGUUCCUCUGGACAUCCUGGAUCUCCUGGCUCUCCUGGAUACCAAGGUCCCCCUGGUGAACCUGGUCAAGCUGGUCCAGCAGGCCCUCCAGGACCUCCUGGUGCUCUUGGUCCAUCUGGUCCUGCUGGAAAGGAUGGAGAAUCAGGAAGACCUGGACGACCUGGAGAACGUGGACUGCCUGGACCUCCAGGUAUCAAAGGCCCACCUGGAAUGCCUGGAUUCCCUGGUAUGAAAGGACACAGAGGCUUUGAUGGACGCAAUGGAGAAAAGGGAGAGACAGGUGCUCCUGGACUGAAGGGUGAAAAUGGUCUUCCAGGAGACAACGGAGCUCCUGGCCCCAUGGGUCCCAGAGGAGCUCCUGGUGAGCGAGGACGACCAGGCCUUCCUGGAGCUGCAGGUGCUCGAGGCAAUGAUGGUGCUCGGGGCAGUGACGGGCAACCAGGUCCCCCUGGUCCUCCUGGAACUGCAGGAUUCCCUGGAUCCCCUGGUGCUAAGGGUGAAGUUGGACCUGCAGGGUCCCCUGGCUCAAAUGGCUCUCCAGGACAAAGAGGGGAACCUGGACCGCAGGGACAUGCUGGUGCUCAAGGGCCUCCUGGCCCUCCUGGGAAUAACGGCAGUCCUGGUGGAAAGGGUGAAAUGGGUCCGGCUGGCAUUCCUGGAGCCCCUGGACUAAUGGGAGCAAGGGGCCCCCCUGGACCAGCAGGAACUAAUGGCAUACCCGGACAACGAGGUCCUUCAGGUGAACCCGGCAAGAAUGGUGCGAAGGGAGAGCCAGGAGCACGCGGUGAACGGGGCGAAGCUGGUUCCCCAGGAAUUGCAGGACCUAAGGGCGAAGAUGGCAAAGAUGGAUCACCUGGAGAACCUGGUGCAAAUGGACUUCCAGGAGCCCAAGGAGAAAGAGGUCCUAGUGGCUUCCGAGGACCUGCAGGGCCAAAUGGCAUCCCAGGAGAAAAGGGUCCUCCCGGAGAGCGUGGUGGCCCAGGUCCUGCGGGACCCAGAGGAGUAGCUGGAGAACCUGGCCGAGACGGAAACCCUGGAGGUCCAGGGUUACGGGGUAUGCCCGGAAGUCCAGGUGGACCAGGCAACGAUGGAAAACCAGGACCUCCGGGAAGUCAAGGGGAAAGUGGUCGCCCUGGCCCUCCUGGCCCAUCUGGUCCCAGAGGUCAGCCUGGUGUCAUGGGUUUCCCUGGUCCUAAAGGAAAUGACGGUGCCCCUGGCAAGAAUGGAGAACGGGGUGGCCCUGGAGGACCUGGCCUUCCUGGUCCUUCUGGAAAGAAUGGGGAGACUGGACCCCAGGGUCCCCCAGGACCUACUGGUCCAGCUGGUGACAAGGGAGAUUCUGGACCCCCUGGUCCACAAGGAUUACAAGGCAUACCUGGUACCAGUGGUCCUCCAGGAGAAAAUGGAAAACCAGGUGAACCAGGUCCAAAGGGUGAAGUUGGUGCACCUGGAGCUCCUGGAGGCAAGGGUGAUUCUGGCGCCCCUGGAGAACGUGGUCCUCCUGGAACAGCAGGAAUCCCUGGCGCUAGAGGUGGAGCUGGACCCCCUGGCCCUGAGGGAGGAAAGGGCCCUGCUGGUCCUCCUGGCCCCCCUGGUACUUCUGGUUCUCCUGGUCUGCAAGGGAUGCCAGGGGAAAGAGGAGGUCCUGGGAGUCCUGGCCCAAAGGGUGAAAAGGGUGAACCAGGGGGUGCAGGUGCUGACGGAGUUCCUGGAAAGGAUGGGCCAAGAGGUCCUGCUGGCCCUAUUGGUCCCCCUGGCCCAGCUGGUCAACCUGGAGAUAAGGGUGACGGUGGUUCCCCUGGACUUCCAGGUAUAGCUGGACCUCGAGGUGGCCCUGGUGAGAGAGGUGAACAUGGCCCUCCAGGACCUGCUGGCUUCCCGGGUGCUCCUGGACAGAAUGGUGAACCAGGUGCUAAAGGAGAAAGAGGUGCCCCUGGAGAGAAAGGUGAAGGAGGCCCUCCAGGACCUGUAGGACCUACUGGUGGUUCUGGACCUGCUGGUCCUCCUGGUCCUCAGGGUGUGAAGGGUGAACGCGGCAGUCCUGGUGGUCCUGGUGCUGCUGGCUUUCCUGGUGGGCGUGGUCUUCCUGGUCCUCCUGGCAACAAUGGUAACCCAGGGCCCCCAGGACCCAGUGGUGCUCCUGGCAAGGACGGCCCUCCAGGUCCUGCGGGUAACAGUGGUUCUCCUGGCAACCCUGGAGUAGCUGGACCAAAAGGUGAUGCUGGACAGCCUGGAGAGAAGGGGCCACCUGGUGCUCAGGGUCCUCCGGGAUCCCCAGGUCCACUUGGAAUUGCAGGGUUAACUGGAGCACGAGGUCUCGCUGGACCACCAGGCAUGCCAGGUCCACGGGGUAGCCCUGGACCUCAGGGUAUCAAGGGUGAAGGUGGAAAACCAGGAGCCAGUGGCCAUAAUGGGGAACGUGGUCCUCCUGGACCCCAAGGUCUUCCAGGUCAACCUGGUACAGCUGGUGAACCUGGACGGGAUGGAAACCCUGGAUCAGAUGGUCUGCCAGGUCGAGAUGGAUCUCCUGGUGGCAAGGGUGAUCGUGGUGAAAAUGGUUCUCCUGGUGCCCCAGGUGCUCCUGGUCAUCCAGGCCCACCUGGCCCUGUUGGUCCAUCUGGAAAGAGUGGUGACAGAGGAGAAACUGGCCCUGCUGGUCCUUCUGGUGCUCCAGGUCCUGCUGGAGCUCGAGGUGCUCCUGGUCCCCAAGGUCCACGAGGUGACAAAGGUGAAACUGGUGAACGUGGCUCUAAUGGCAUCAAAGGACAUCGAGGAUUCCCUGGCAAUCCAGGUCCCCCAGGUUCUCCUGGUGCUGCUGGUCACCAGGGUGCAAUUGGUAGUCCAGGACCUGCAGGUCCCAGAGGACCAGUUGGACCACAUGGACCUCCUGGAAAAGAUGGAACAAGUGGGCAUCCAGGUCCUAUUGGACCUCCAGGGCCUAGAGGCAACAGAGGUGAAAGAGGAUCUGAGGGCUCACCAGGCCACCCUGGGCAGCCAGGACCCCCUGGACCCCCUGGUGCCCCUGGUCCCUGCUGUGGUGAUGCUGUUGCUAUUGCUGGAGUUGGAGGUGAAAAGUCUGGUGGCUUUUCACCCUAUUAUGGAGACGAACCAAAGGAUUUCAAGAUCAACACUGAGGAGAUUAUGUCUUCACUCAAGUCUGUUAAUGGGCAAAUAGAGAGUCUUAUUAGCCCUGAUGGUUCUCGAAAAAACCCUGCUCGGAACUGCAGAGACCUGAAAUUCUGCCACCCUGAAUUCAAGAGUGGAGAAUACUGGGUUGAUCCUAACCAAGGCUGCAAGAUGGAUGCUAUAAAAGUAUUCUGUAACAUGGAAAGUGGGGAAACAUGCAUAAAUGCCAGUCCCAUGACUGUCCCACGUAAGCACUGGUGGACAGGAUCUGGUGCAGAGAAGAAACAUGUUUGGUUUGGAGAAUCUAUGAAUGGUGGUUUUCAGUUCAGCUAUGGCCCUCCUGAUCUUCCUGAAGAUGUCAUUGAUGUACAGCUGGCAUUCCUCAGACUUCUUUCCAGCCGGGCCUCCCAGAACAUUACAUACCACUGCAAAAACAGUAUUGCCUAUAUGGAUCAGGCCAAUGGCAAUGUAAAGAAGUCUCUGAAGCUGAUGGGAUCAAAUGAAGGAGAAUUCAAGGCUGAAGGAAACAGCAAAUUCACUUACACAGUUCUAGAGGAUGGCUGUACUAAACACACUGGGGAAUGGAGCAAGACAGUCUUUGAAUAUCAAACACGCAAGGCAAUGAGACUACCCAUCAUAGAUAUCGCACCCUAUGACAUUGGGGGUCCUGAUCAAGAAUUUGGUGUGGACAUUGGCCCUGUUUGCUUUUUAUAAGCCAAACUCUCUGAAACCCCAGCAAAACAAAAAACCACAUCCAUGUGUUCCUCUUGUUUAAAUCUUAUCACCCAGUGCAAGUGACCAACUAAAUUCUAGUUAUUUAUUUCCAAACUUUUGGAAAAAGCAUAAUUUGACAAAAAAAGAAUACAUUUUUUUGCUGUUUCAACCACCCAGUACAGGUCAAAUGCUUUUGUUUUAUUUUUUUACCAAUUCCAACUUCAAAAUGUCUCAAUGGUGCUAUAAUAAAUAAACGUCAACACUUUUAUGAUAA